AUGGCACGCAUUUAGUACUUCGACUUUUCGUGACAGCAUGUCAUUUUCGACAUUUGAUUGAUAAUUUUCUAAAGAUCCAUCAAAUUUGUUUGUUUGAAAGCUAGUUUAGGCGCUAAAUGUCUAUAUUUUGUAAAUAUUAAGUGGUUAUAAGAAUGUGAAUAAUCGGAUUCCACACUUGGAUGCUAUCGCUGCGUACCCCAUCAUGAGUUCACAGAAGUGUGUGGUUGAAGGCUGUAAUUUGGAAUACGAUGUGGUUUGCAGCUUUUCCUUUUACAAUGUUAACACAUCAGCGUCUACGGAUGACAAGCGACAGGAGUGGAUUGAGGGUGCCAUGCAAGAGGAGAGCGAGUGUCUCUGGAGACAUGUCAGUCUACAACUGUGCGGGUAUCAUUUUGAGCUGGACGCCCAAGGUCUAUGGAUCGACUCGCCGAUGUUACCUGAGCUGCUGACCCCUCAGGAAACUGUGGCCCCUAUACAACAGACAGCUGCGGACAAGAAAGUGGCCGACAUAAUCAGAGUUGAACACAACUACAGCGUGGAACCCGUCAAAGAAAUUCAUGAAAGUGUAUCCAGGCUGAACGUCAGGCAACUUGUAGACACAUUGGGGUAUCUUUCAUUGAAGAACCUGCAGAAGAAGCAGCUGUGGGUGGUGAAGGUUGAGACGGACAAGGCUGAAGCUUCCAUUGCACAAUCCGAGCAAGUAAUUGCCAAAAUGCCCGACCCAAAACAGAUUAUAGAGAUCGUCCCUCAAACUUCGACAGUGGAACCGCAGAACGAGGUGCUUCAUAUAAUGGAAGAUGGGAAUAUAUCAGAUAACUUUAUAUAUGAGAUAGCGGAAGAACAAGAAAUCACUAUGGAGGAGGUGAAAGAAAUACCCAUCACCGAGAACAGAGAGUGGAUGGUCAACAUAAUACCAGAGGAAACGAAACCUAAAUACGCGUACAUCAAACAUUGCAACAGCGGCAAGAAGAAGAGGCAUUUCACAGCGGAGAUGAACGAGAUAACAUUACAGGGUGACUAUGAGAACUAUUACAUACUCCCGGACAUAGACCCGUCAGUCGGAGUGGAGAUUACGACCACAUACGAGCCAGAGAACUUUAUAGUAGAGGAAUAUCCUCAUCUGGUGCUGGAGGAGAGACCCAGGAAGAGAUCCAAGGACUCGGACCCGAGGAAGAGGAAAAAGAAAAUAUCAACCCCAUCGGUGAGGGAACAGAUCAAACAGAUCAAGACGGAGAUCAAGCCGGAAAUAGAGGAGGACUGGGUCAUAGACAACAGUGUGUACGACCAGGACACCUCCGAUGACUAUGAUGACAAGAAAGCUGCUCGGGUGAGAAGAAAAAACAAGAAAUACCUCGGCUAUGACUUUGUAACAUAAACAAUCAGCCUAUAUAUAUAUGUUAUACGCAUUCGAGUGAUUUGUCUGCCUUAGACCGUUGUUAGUUUAAGAAACAUUUUAAUGUAUUUUCUUUGUUUUUCAAUUAAUGAGUAACAUUGUUUUUUUUUUUUUCUAUAUAAAGUCGGUAGUUCAGGAAUCAUGUAUAGCGACGCUAUAUGAGAUGCUCGUCUGUAAAGGUGAAUAAAUACGUUAAAAAUAUA